AUGCCGCUCGCACCUAUGGAGAGUUGUGGACAUCGAGUAACGAUCACGUCUUUCUGUUUCUGCUUGCUUGUAACUGGAUCUGUGGCUGGGCCGAUAUUGCCGUCAAUUCUAUGGAAUUCUGAAAAUCCAUUGUAAGUUUAUUUAAUGGUAUUCUGCCAUCAACAUUAUUUUACGUGAAAACAGAAAUUGAAGCGAAGUUCUUGAUUCAAAGCUAACAAUUUAUGGACAAGACCGUUGACAGCUCAUUAUCAUUUCGUUUCACAAUGACGUUUUUACUUGUUAUUGUGCCGAAGUUAAAACUAAGGAACAUAAAAAGCGUUAUAACAAGACAAGCAAUCGCUAUAAGCUAGAAAAGGGAAAUCGUCUUGCGGCUCUUAUUGUGGCAGACCUUUUUAAAGAACUCGAUCGAAAUUCUUGUUAGGGGGCAAACACAACAUUGCGGUUCACCUGGCAACUUUUUGAUCAUUAAAAAUUUAUUUUGUUCUGGCCCGAAACAAGAUCCUCAAUACUAUUUUCAAACGAUCACCUCUGGACUUAAUCAUUUUAUCUGAAAAUUGUUUCAGGGUGCUCUCCUAGAUUGUCGGGUUAGGGAACAUUAUACCUUAUUUAAGGUUCGUAGACAUUUGAUGACAUAAGUUUUGGUAACAAACAAACCGUAAAACAAACGAAACAAACGAAACAAACGAAACAAAGAAACUCCAAGUAAGCGCCAUGGACAAAUAGUGGUUGAGCGCUAUAUAAAUAUUUUAUUAUUAUUAUUAUUAAAUGUGAACUUGCUCAGCGCCCAACAUCAGAGGUUUAAGCCAUUCUUAAUUAAACAUAUCUGAUCCAAUUUUAUUGCUCUCUAUUCCAGGUUUAAUAACCUUCAUGAAAGGACCAGAAAUGUCAUGGAAUUUGACCAGCUCUCAAUUAUAUGUCCCACCUUGGUGGACUACCCCAUCAAAAGAACAAUGGCCUACGUGUAG